AUGGGCUUGAAUAACAGGAGCACAACAGAACGACAACUAUUUGAUCCCGAAUAUUAUUCAAAGAGAAAACGACACUUCCUCCAGCGCACCAGGGAGAACAACCGAAAUGCACAGCGACGUUGCCGGCAGAAUAAGAAGGAGGCUCAGGAGAAGAAGGACAAGGAAUUCCAGGAAAUGAAAGAGGAACUCGGCAGAUACAAAUGGGCAUUCUGGGCGCUCGACGAAAAAGUCAACGAUGCGAUCUUCCACUCCCUCCUCGGCAACAAUACCGACGAAAUCAUCCCAACCCUGGCAUUGUCAGCAAGUGCGUUGGAAUGUGUUGUGGAACAACAAGAGAAUGAGGGAAAUUGA